UGCAUUUCCUCUUUUGGCUUACAUUCAAUUUUUUUAAUCUUUCGUUCGUUGAUUCGUUUAUUUAAAUUCAAGGCAUAAUUAUUUUAAUUGCUUUCCAUUCUAAAAAAGAUCCAAAGAUACCCGUACUCAUAGAUGACCGGCAUGCCUUCCUCAGACACACGUAACUCAGAAACAUCGAAUAGAACACGGCCAUUUGAAGAACGCUUAAUAACGUCAAGAACGCUUUUUGAUCUUUCGCGGACAAAAGUUGAAAUUCUACAGAAAAGAACAAAAACAAAACGUGUAAAAACAUUUGAGAAACCCUCAAAUAAUUCAUGGAUUACAAGUGGCCAUAUUGGUUCACGUGACGUGGUCUUAGUGUUCCGUACUAGCAUAUUAAACUCCAAAAACGAUGAGUUCGUUGGUGCUAAUACCGAUGACCAUAAUGUAUCUACCAGCAACACUAGUCUCGAUAACAGUAGCAGUGAUAGCUCGUCCUCGCUUAAUCUUACAGCCAAGUCGUCCACAUCCCUGGAAACCUCCUCCAUAGUCAACAGUUCAAGUAGUCAAGCCAACGUAUUGCUGUCAUUGCCAACAAAUGUCAAGACUAUUGGCAAUAGUUCUAGUAUUAGUCUAUUAGCCAAUAGAAAACAACCAUUGGGAGCUCGUCAAAAAGAGAUUCUCAAGUCGCCAAAGAAACGUAUGCAUGACUCACUAUCCUCUAGUGAGACUUCGAUAUCGAGCGAAUGCGACGAUCCGCUCGAGGUCGAGGAAGCCAUACGUCUCUCUAGAUUGGCAACCAUCAAUAAUCGGCCAUCAAUCUUCGUGCAUGGUGAAGAUUCAGAUGGCAGUAAUGCUUUGCAAAAGAGUGACUCCUUCGAUAAUAAGGAGAACGAACAUGACGAGGAUCAACCGGAGUCGGGAGACCUACCUGCUGUGAAGCUUAAAAUCACCUAUAAGUUCAUGAACACAGAGACGAAGCUUUUGAAGAAGAUUUUCGUUCGACAUGGCCUAACCGAAGCUGAUGGUGAACAGAACUUCAAUAUACUCUGGACUGGUGUCCACAUGAAGCCCGAUAUCCUUAGAAACCUCACACCCUACCAGAGGGUCAAUCAUUUUCCAAGGUCUUAUGAGUUGACGCGAAAGGACCGGCUAUACAAGAACAUUGAGAAGAUGCAACAUUUGCGAGGAUUUAAGCACUUCGAUAUUGUGCCACAAUCAUUUGUGCUGCCAAUAGAAUAUAGGGAUUUGGUAACAGCGCAUAAUAAGUACCGAGGCCCAUGGAUAGUUAAGCCAGCUGCUUCAAGUCGAGGUCGUGGAAUAUUUAUUGUUAAUUCGCCAGAUCAAAUAUGUGCCGAAGAACAGGUGCUAGUAUCCAAAUACGUGUCAGAUCCACUCUGCAUUGAUGGCCAUAAAUGUGAUCUGCGUGUCUAUGUUCUGGUUACCUCAUUUGAUCCCCUGCUCAUCUAUGUCUACGAAGAAGGCCUUGUCCGUUUGGCCACUGUGAAAUACGAUAAAAACGCUGAGAAUCUCUGGAAUCCAUGCAUGCAUCUCUGCAACUAUAGCAUCAACAAAUAUCAUUCGGAUUACAUUAAAUCCAGUGAUGCCCAAGAUGAGGAUGUUGGCCAUAAAUGGACACUUUCUGCCUUAUUGCGGCAUCUAAAAAGUCAAGGUUGUGAUACGCGUCAAUUGAUGUUGAACAUCGAGGAUCUGAUAAUCAAGUCAAUCCUCGCAACGGCUCAGUCGAUUAUUUCAGCAUGCCGUAUGUUUGUACCUAACGGCAAUAACUGCUUCGAAUUGUAUGGCUUCGAUAUCCUAAUAGACGAUACCCUAAAGCCCUGGCUGCUUGAAGUAAACCUCUCACCUUCGAUGGGUGUGGACAGUCCAAUCGAUACCAAAGUUAAAGCUGCUCUCAUAACCGAUUUGCUGACUUUAGUCGGCAUUCCUGCUUAUAGCCAGUUGAUGCGGUCUCAUUACGACAGUACAUGGUCCCGGUUUCGCAACUUCAGCUAUGGGCGCCGCACUAAUUCAGCCGAUCAUCUGGGAGUAGGCAAGAAGAAUGGUUCCGUCCAGCACAAAGUUCCGCUAACUACUGAGGAGCAGCGGGUGAUUCGCAAUGUUCGUCUUCAAAAUGCCCGAAGAGGUGGAUUUGUUCGAAUUUAUCCAACAGAAGACAGUUUGCAAAAGUACUCGGCAUUCCUAGAUCCCUCAUCGGGAAUCCCAAUUUCGACAACAGUCACCCAGGGUCAGGGCAUGUACUCGAUGAUCAUGCCGCACAAUUUCAACCAAAUGCUUUUCGAUCACUUGUACGGCCGGGAAUCUAAAGGAACUGGCAGCAACGAGGAGAAUAGCUACGAUGAGCGGAUGAAUCAGUAUGAGCGCGUCCUCGAGACUGCCACUCCAAUAUCAUUUGGACGAAAGAAUGCCGGGCCAAAGUGCAUCGAAGAGGGAAGGCGUUUGCGAAAACAAAUCCGAAAACUCAUCGAAAAUGGCUCAGAAUUAACUCAACUGCAAGCCAGGCAGACAUUCGGACUUUAUCUGGAGUCAGUAUUGAGACGAUUAACUCAGGAGCCUCGUGACUACCACGAAAAAUUAAUCUUGAAAUUUAUCAGUCGCGCUAAUGGCGGCAUUAAGGCGCCAGUUUUCUUCAAAAACCCCUUCAGCUAUCGAGUCAUGAGCAAAGAUCGCUCUGCUAUGGUGGCGAAAAUGUUGGGCGACUAUCUCGAAGGAUACAAUCGGGACACAGAGGCCUAUAUUGAUACAUUCGACAAUUAUGGCAAAAUACCAAUCGCAUUAUUCAAUGAUUUCACCAAUCACGCCCAGGAAGCUGACCUAGAGUCGGUCCUCACUCUGCACACUAAUCUCACUCAGUCCAUGCCGUUCCUCUACAAUCGGUGUGGACCAUCGGUGCCACUCACUCCUCCAAUUCCAACCGGGGCACAUGGUUUCCUUAAGGCACUGCCAUCAAUGAUCGCCGGCGGAACUAAGGAAAUGAAUAGAAUUGACAUCUAUUACAAGAAUCCAUCAGCUGUGCCAUCACCGACACAGGAGUCCAGUUCGAAUUUGAAAGCAAGUGACAAGCGACCGAACUUGAGUGUUACAAAGAAAAUCACCCCUUUGAGGAGAUAGUUCCACAAAAAUGCACGAAAGCAUUGAGUAAACAAUUAAGAACUAUAUUUUGUUAUUAUUAAAAAAAAAACAAAUUAUUCAUGAGUCUUGUGAUAAAUCAAUUAUUUGCUUUUUAUUAAGCGUAAACGAUGUUAGUAUUUUUUAUUUUGUUUCCGUUGUUUCAAUUUUUAAGUUAUUUUUUAUUUGUUUAAUUAAUUUUGUUCUUGGUUGAGAACGAAUAUUAUUAAUUGUUUAUAGGAGGAACAAAAACGCACAGAGAGUUAGAAUUAAGCAAUUUACAAAGGCAUUGAGUUGGUUGGUCGAAAAAUAUUUGCUUUCAGUUAAAAGAAGAAGCUUAUUAUGUAAAGCAAACUGAUUUAUAUUUAUUUAAAUUUAUUGUUUAUGCAACUUAUAUUUAUUUAUUGGUGAUAUUUUAUCUAUGGAAACAUAAUAAUUGUUUAUGCAAAAGCGCAUGGCUAAGAUUUAAGAAUACAUUAUCAAUAUCAAUCAAAGCCAACGAAAAUUAUAUUUGUAAUUUAUAAUUAAGUAAUUAUUUAAUUUAUAUAAGAAAAAAGUAAUUUCGAAACGAGCUAAGAUGCAAUAGCUGUGAUUUAUGAAUAGAUUGAAAACUUAUAAAAUAGGUGCUCAGAAAAAAAGUAGUAAAGAAACAAAACUAACUUAUUUUUAAUGCUAACAUUUAUAUAGUUGUUAAAGUUUCUAUGUACAAGCUUUUUUGUGCUUCAAUGAAUAAUAAUGUUUUUUGUGUGCUAAUAAUUUACUUGUUAGUGAACCAUUGUUUUGAAAUAUUUGCAUGGUUAUUUAAAGGCUCCAAAAUUCC